AUGGAUAUCGAAGAAGAUAUCGAGUCAGUCUUAUAUAUUGGAAGAGAGAUAUCUGUGUACAAGAUCCCACCGCUAAAUGCUAACGAAGGCUAUCGCGCUAACGAUUGGGGUGACUUGGCCAAGCCGCUGUGGAAAGGAAGGCUUCGUAUCCUUGAAAACUCCAAAGGCGCUGCACUAAACUUAGAAGAUUCGCAAACAGUAUUUGCCAGAGCAGAAUACGAUCCGAUACGACCUUCUGUGGAGGCUGUACUAGACUCUUCUCGUUACUUUGUCGUUCGUGUGGAAGAUGCUGGCAAGAAAGCAUACAUUGGCAUCGGUUUCGCCGAACGUAGCGAUAGUUUUGAUUUCAACGUGGCUCUUCAAGAUUAUUCGAAACGCAAGAAAGCGGCAUUGAAUCCGCCAUCUGAAACUAGCCUUGGAUCAUCACCCCAUAUCCCUGCAGGUCCCAAGAAGGACUACAGUCUGAAGGAGGGUCAAACGUUCUCUAUUUCUAUCCCAGGUCGACCAAAGCCUAACUCAUCAAGUAACCUGCUCGGAAAUUCUGCUUCGUCUUCUACAUCAUCUAGCGGCACUUCUAUUCCACUUCUUCCACCCCCUCCCAGUGCAAAUAAGAAGCGUAAUGUUUGA